AUGGGAGACAUGGGCGAUCCACCAAAAAAAAAACGUCUGAUUUCCCUAUGUGUUGGUUGCGGCAAUCAAAUUCACGAUCAGUAUAUUCUGAGGGUUUCUCCGGAUUUGGAAUGGCAUGCGGCAUGUUUGAAAUGUGCGGAGUGUAAUCAGUAUUUGGACGAGAGCUGUACAUGCUUUGUUAGGGAUGGAAAAACCUACUGUAAAAGAGAUUAUAUCAGGUUGUACGGGAUCAAAUGCGCCAAGUGCAGCAUAGGCUUCAGCAAGAACGACUUCGUGAUGCGCGCCCGCUCCAAGGUGUACCACAUCGAGUGUUUCCGCUGUGUAGCCUGCAGCCGACAGCUCAUCCCCGGAGACGAAUUCGCGCUGCGAGAGGAUGGGCUUUUCUGCCGGGCGGACCACGAUGUGGUGGAGAGGGCCAGCCUGGGAGCUGGAGACCCUCUCAGUCCCUUGCAUCCCGCGCGGCCGCUGCAAAUGGCAGCCGAGCCCAUCUCCGCUAGGCAGCCAGCCCUGCGGCCUCACGUCCACAAGCAGCCUGAGAAGACCACCCGCGUGCGGACUGUGCUCAACGAGAAGCAGCUGCACACCUUGCGGACCUGCUACGCCGCCAACCCUCGGCCAGAUGCGCUCAUGAAGGAGCAACUAGUGGAGAUGACCGGCCUCAGCCCCCGGGUGAUCCGAGUCUGGUUUCAAAACAAGAGGUGCAAGGACAAGAAACGCAGCAUCAUGAUGAAGCAGCUCCAACAGCAGCAGCCCAACGACAAAACUAAUAUCCAAGGGAUGACAGGAACUCCCAUGGUGGCUGCUAGUCCGGAGAGGCACGAUGGUGGUUUACAGGCUAACCCAGUAGAGGUGCAAAGUUACCAGCCGCCCUGGAAAGUACUGAGCGACUUCGCCUUGCAGAGUGACAUAGAUCAGCCUGCUUUUCAGCAACUGGUCAAUUUUUCAGAAGGAGGACCAGGUUCUAAUUCUACCGGCAGUGAAGUAGCGUCGAUGUCCUCUCAGCUCCCAGAUACACCCAACAGCAUGGUAGCCAGUCCCAUUGAGGCAUGAGGAACAUUCAUUCAGAUGUAUUUUUUUUUCCCUGUUGGAGAAAGUGGGAAAUUAUGUUGAACUCCGAAAUAAAAGUAUUUAACGACCCAGUCAAUGAAAACUGAAUCAAGAAAUGAAUGCUCCAUGGAGUGCACGAAGUCUGUUUUAAUGACAAGGUGAUAUGGUAGCAACACUGUGAAGACAAUCAUGGGAUUUUACUAGAAUUAAAAAACAAAACAAAACCCCAAGCCCAACAUAUGCUAUUCAAUGACAUUAGGAGUACUGAAAAAGAAUAAUAAUUAAAAAAAAGACGUUUUUAAAACGUAGAGGAUUUAUAUUCAAGGAUCUCAAAAAAAAAAAAAAAGCAUUUCAUUUCGCUGCACAUCUAGAGGAAAAGCAGAAAUAGAACAUGUUCUAGUCCAUCCUAUUCCGAAUGGUGCUGUUUCUAUAUUGGUCAUUGCCUUGCCAAACAGGAGCUCCAGCACACAGCGGAAGAAACUGGCCGUCAGUGGCUGAAAGAGUCCUUUCAGGAAGGCGGAGCUGCGUUGGUUUGCUAUGUUUUUAGUUGACUUUGAGAAGGGGUUAAUUG